AUUGGGGUUACACAUUUUCAUUGCAGGUCUUUCCGGUCGGGGAGUUUUAGCCAGUUUGUUGCACAGUUUUGGUCAUGUUUCGGAAUGUUUUGGGUAGACUGGUGACAGAAACAGUUCUUGUUUACCGCUAUGUGAAAAAGGCACCUUUAAUACAGAGGGUAACACCAGUCUCUGUGUCGGUCAGGAGGCUUUCGGACGUGAAGGACGAAGUGCAGCAGGCAUUUGACACCUCUCUGCUUGAGUUCCUGGUGUGUCCGCUGUCCAAGAAGCCACUGAGGUACGAGGCUAAAACCAAUGAGUUGAUCAACGAGGAGCUUGGUAUCGCCUAUCCCAUCAUUGGUGGCAUCCCCAACAUGAUCCCUCAGGAUGCCAGACUCCUACAGAAAGAUGAAGAUACCUCAACCACACCAACAGAAGGGUAGAAACCUUCAGCUGACCCAAG